CCAAUCGGUAAGCUGGGUGGGCAGGCAAGAGAGCAAAUCGAUGGAGUUGGCAAAAAUCAAAAAUGGCGCCCAGCUCGAAAUCUGAAAAAGAUGACAAACAAAAACAACAGAAAAAACACAAAGAUCACGUCGUCAAACUCCUCGCGCGUGGACGGCUGAAUGGUCAAAUCUCUCAGCGGCUCUUUCGUAAACUCCCCCCGCGGGUCUGCGUCCCUCUGAAGAACAUAGUCAGCGAGGAGUUCCUCAGAGCAGGACACAUCUUCCUGGGCUUCACUAAGUGUGGCCGUUACGUUUUGUCCUACACCAGUGACUGUGGAGAAGAUGAUGACUUUUCCUUCUACACCUAUCAUCUGUACUGGUGGGAGUUUAACCUGCACAGCCGACUCAAACAGGUGCAUCAUGUGCGUCUGUUUGCCGGUGAAGACAUCUACAGCGACCUCUAUUUAACCGUGUGUGAGUGGCACAAUGAUCAUUCCAAGCUGGUUGUCUUCGGCUUCAACACGAGGAGCUCCAGUUCAGCUCUGAUGAACAUGAUGAUGAGUGAUGAGAACAACAGAGACAUUUACAUCACCAUCACCUCGAUGCCUCCAGAGAAACCUUGCAAACAGUGCUGCCCAACUUCCUCCAUAUCCACCAUACGCACAGGUGGUGAGUGUCUGCAGCACGGAUAUGUUUUAAAUGCCCGCUAUCAGGUGGUUUAUCCGUUCCCAACGUUCCAGCCGGCUUUGCAGCUGAAGAAAGAUCAGGUGAUUCUGCUGAACACCAGCUAUUCACUGGUUGCCUGCGCCAUCUCGCUCUGUUCAGGAGAUCCACAGCAGGAUAGUAAUCAGAUUCUUUACAAGAAGAGAGAACCUUUAUCAUCAUCUCCACCUGCCGUACCGGCAUCACCAUCAUCGUCCUCAUCGACCUCAUCUCAGGGUUCACCUGACCUCGGACACCAAAAGCCUCAUUUCACUCCGCUCUCCCCUGGCCCAUCGCAGGCGACUGUGCGGGCCAGAGAAUUCGUGGCUGACAUUUUCCGCCGAGCUCAAGCGGGACAGAAAACGACAGACCACGACAGGUGCAAACCCAAAGAGAAAGUAGAGACAGACGCCCACCGUUCCUCUGGAGAGGAACGAGACGCAGAGCUCCCCGGACCUUCUUCUUCCUUAAAACGUGGACGAAGUUUAGCCCCGCCCACCGAGCCAGAGGAAACGGCGUCGUGUAACACAGUCAUGUCUCCCGUGUCCAAUUCCUCUCUCUCCUCACUGUCUCCUCGCGCCCCUGAACCUUCAUCGUCCUCUUCCUCAGAGCCCGCUUACGUCAACUACACCACCCUCAGAUACAGACUGCAACAGCCAGGCGCUACACAGCAGCCAAACGGAGAAGAGGAUGAUAAAGUUCAGCUUCCCUUCACUGUGACCGAUCUAAAGGGACGAAACUUACAGCUGGUGACGGGGCAAUACAACGGCCAGUGUGUGUGUAUCGAGCAGCUGACGCUGGACUUUGAAUAUUUGAUUAAUGAGGUCAUCAGGAAUGAUGCCGAGUGGGGCGGUCAGUUUUGCUCCUUCAGUGAUUAUGAUGUUGUCAUCCUCGAGGUUUGUCCUGAGACAAACAAAGUGGUGAUAAACAUUGGCUUACUGUUGUUGGCCUUCUCCAACUGUGAAGAUGAGCACUGCAGACCGAAAUCAUUUCAUUCCAGUCUGCAGGUGAGUUGGGAUUUAAACACUGGAGCGUGUCGCACGGUCGGUGUUGGUGACCUGACAGAAGUCAAAGGUCAGACAAGUGGAAGCGUGUGGAGCUCAUAUAGGAAGUCCUGUGUGAAUACAGUCAUGAGGUGGCUCGUACCAGAGAGCAGCUCACGCUACAUCAACCGCAUGACCAAUGAGGCUCUGCACAAAGGUUCUUCUCUUCAGGUGUUAGCUGAUAAUGACAGAGGAACCUGGAUUGUUCUCUGAGAGAUACAACACACAUUAACUGACCCAUCAAUGCUGCUCUGCUUUGGGACCCAUGAAGAGAAAACUGAACAAAUGGUCUUAUAGACCUGCUACAGCUGUCGCUCACUCGGUAUCACCUAAGGGAACGUUCACAGAUCACACAAAAUUGUGCUCAGUUCACCACCUAAAUAUCCAUGACAGUGCUGGAUCCUGUGGAUCAUUCUCAAUGGGUACCUUUACUGUUGAAAAUCAAAUUUCCAUCCACAUACAAAACCGCUUUAAAGGGAUAAUUCACCCAAAAAUGCCUGUCAUCAUUCACUUAAUGUCAUGUUGUGUUUCUUUUUUCUGAUGAACAUAAAAGAAGAUCGUUAAUAAAUGACAGAAUUUUCAUUUUUGGGUGAACUAUCCCUUUAAUAUACAGAAACAUCUUUCCUUCUGAAAUCUGUCCGUUAAAUGUAAAAUCUUGGUUUUAAUGUUAACGUAACAUUUUUAGUUUUUAUGUUGUGUUUCUGUUUUAAAAUGCUCCAAAGUUGGGAUCUUUUGUCUUUUAAUUGAACAAAAUCGAUUACCUAAACAUAUUGUCUGCCAUAGCAGAUAGAGACCUUUCUUUGGGGCAGAAAGGAUUUGUUUAGUUUAUUUUAUGUUACAGUUGUUUACAACAUGUACAGGAAGAUAUCAGCCAAUCAGAAGCUGUAGCUCCUCUGUCUCUUUGUUUAAAUACUGGUCGUGGCCUCACAGCUGGACUGGAUGAGAAUGUUGUUUUUAUCCAACAUUAUUUUAUUUUUGAUAAAAUUAAAUCGUUCUUGAAUAACA